AACAGCAUCCGCCUCCCGCUGGCCGGCCUGGCACCGCCACGCGUUCUGAUGUGUAGCGCUUCGAUGGGUGCCGAAGGUUCAGUCACCCUGCAGCUGCGGGAAGCCGUGCAGGCACCGGACGCAGCCGGAACUUCGCUCUCCGAACACGGUGGUCUCACCAUCGGUUAUCCGGAUCCGGAGAUGCUAGCCGAUAUGCUCGGUUCGUUUCAGAGCGCGUCGGCAGCCGGGCUCGAGCAGUCCAGUGCAAGUGCAGCCGUCACCGCCGCCACCUUUGAUCUCAUUCAGGAAAACAGUAGUAGCAACUGCAGCAGUCGCCAGUCUGGGCUGGACCCGACCGAACAGCAACAGCAGCAGCAGCAGCAACAGCACACGAUUGCUAGUGCUCUGCUGGCGAAAGCGUCGUCACCCACCGGUUGUAGUAAUAGUAGUAACAGUGGCAGCAGCAGUAGUAGCAGCAACGGCAGCGGCGGCAGUAGCAGCAGCAACGGUGGCCUAACGCUGGGAACUCUGAAACCCGAACUGGCAUCCAAAGAAACGCUGAAUGGUUGCCUCCCCUCAACGGUCUCCGUCGGUGCGAGCAGCACCGGUAGCAGUAGUAAUAGCACCAGCAAUAGCAGUAGUAGCGGAAAUAGUGGCGUUAGUUCCAAUUCCAAGUCCACGGUGGCCGCUGCUUCAGUCGCAACCGUCAACAGUGCCAACAGUAAUAACAGUACAAUGAUCGUAUCCGGUGCACCCGGAGGACACAGCAGCAGGAGUGACAGCACGAGUAGCUGCAGUAGCACCAGUAGCAGUAGUAGCAGCAGCAGCGGCAGCAGUAGUAGUAGUAGCAGCAGCAGCGGCAGUAACAGCAGUAGUAACGGUAGCAGUGGGUCAUCCACACUGGCCGUAACGGUGAACGGGCUACCAACGGUGGUGAAAAAACCACGGCCCAAAACCGUUUCACCGACGCGGCAUGGCCCGCAGCAAUGUCAGGUGUGCAGUAAAGUGUUCGGAAAUGCAUCCGCCCUUGCUAAGCACAAGCUGACGCACAGCGACGAACGGAAGUACGUAUGCAUAACGUGCUCGAAAGCGUUUAAAAGACAGGAUCAUCUCAACGGACACAUGCUGACACACCGGAACAAGAAACCGUACGAGUGCAAAGCCGAGGGGUGCGGAAAGUCCUACUGCGAUGCUCGUUCGUUGCGGAGGCACACCGAGAAUCACCACAGUGCCGUCGGUAUGGCAUCAGGACCAUCGACGCCCCUGACUGUGGCGGCUGCUAGUCCGACGGGCGGAGCGGCACUGCAGUCGGUCAUUGCAACGAUGGCUUUGACUACAACCACUACGACGACGACGGCAGCCAUGACCACUGGGCCCCUUAGUGGGCUCAGCCUUUCGCCGGCAACCGCCAGUGGCGAUGCCAGUUCCCCCCAUGGAGCGACCACCUGCAGCAUCCAGUUCAGUUCGUCGGCAUCAACGACGCUGGGAUCGGCCAGCAGUGGCGGUACCAUUCUGAGCAGUUCAAGCGCAAGCUCUUCCAGCAAUUCCAACAACAGCAACCAUGGCCACCAGAGCGACUCGAGCGGAACCGGCGGCAGUAGUAAGUCGCUUUCGCCUAGCUCGCCGGCAGGCGGUAGCGGAAACGAAGGCCUAACCCGACAGCAGUUAGAUCUGAUCACGCAGAUUAUGCAACAGACGAAACAAGCUAACGCAGCCGCGGCCGCCGCCGGUCAGAAGGUUCAUCCUCGACCCCGAACGUGGAAUAUGCAGCUCCAGCUGAGCCAGCACAAAUUGACCCCGACGUCAUCGGUGAUUGCCAACUCCGUUUCCACAAGCCAAAGCAGUUCUUCGCAAAGCCUCACCAGUACGAGCUCCAUCACAACGCAAGCGGCUGUAAGCGUCGACAGCGCGGGUUCUUCCACAGCAGCAGGUGGCGCUGGCGCCGCUCAAUCGCAGAACUCAUCCGUAGGGCAAGCGCUGAACAAGUCCGACCAGAAGCCCGUCGAGUGCAACCUGUGCCACCGGAAGUUCAAAAACAUCCCGGCCCUUAACGGGCACAUGCGCCUACAUGGAGGCUACUUCAAGAAAGACUCCGAAACGAAAAAAUGUGAUAAGAAAGAACAUACCGGACCGCCGCUGCAAACCGCCAGCGUCGGUGUGCGGGCCCUGAUCGAGGAAAAGAUCAUCAACAAGCGCAGUAAGGACCUGAAGAAUCUGUUGUUGAAGGGUUCGUUCGUCGUGCCAGCGGCACCGCUGACCGCUCGAAGACUUCUAGAAGCUAGCGAGGCGUUGCUGACCCCCAAGCCUGGAACGGUAGCGAUCGUAUCAACACAAAAUGGAACCACUCAGAUUAUCAAUCCGAAAGCAACUAUUAUGGCGGCGGCAGGUGGUGCACUCUCGGUCACUACCAACUCCGGAGGGCUUCCUACCGAAGUCAAAGAUGCCACAUUGAUAGAGCUGCUAAAACGAGGAACAAAGGUGGCCGUAAAGCGUACCUGUUCGGAUCCUGGUCAACUAGCGAUCGCAACACAAACAACGCAAUCUUCGAUUGCAACGAGUGCAACCACCAGAACCGUCGUGCUGCCGGCAAACCUCAAUACGGCGUCGUCAACGACCGGCGGGGCACUGUCGAUCGCCAAUAGUUUGACAACGACCGCCAGCAGCGAUUCAACGCCUCUGUCACUCACAAUAUCACAAGCGCCUUCCGGCAGUGCGGAUGUUUUCACUUUAGCCUACUCGACCGAUGCAACCGGCGCUGCUGCCUUCUUUAGUGAUAACGAUGUGUACAGUGUUAGCGAUACGACCAUGCUAUUGCAGGCCGUAGACUCGAUCCAGCUCCUUCAGGAUCCCUCGUCAUCCGAUCAGCUAGACGAAAUAGCAUCACUUUCCGACUACACAACAAUCAACGAGCAAACCUUUACUCCUUCCCGUCAGCUGCAAGCCGUACUGGACUCUCCACUACCUGAAAGUUUAGCUGAAUUCAGUGCUCUUCAUUCCAAAGAUUUCAUUCUGUACAGUGGCAGUUCAUCGAAUGCCGGUAAUAACUCUGACCCGACGGGAAGCCAAACCUCUAACUCGCCCCUUCCAUCGCCGCUGGCAUACCCGACACCGCCGGCUUCCCACGAGCCCGUAACGCAGGCAUCUCCCUUCCUGGACGAUUCCCGCCACUUCUCCGACGCCAGCUCCUUCUUCGAUGACAAACGCAACACUACCAACUUUCUCGAUGAUGGCUUCUUCAAAGUAGAACCCAAAGACGUUAAACUCAACGAUGAAAAAAUCCUCGCCCUAAAGAAUGAACUGUUGGAUGAAAACCACGAUCUUUUCCGCAGCAACAAGAACAUCCUUGACGAGCACUGUCACGAGCUGUUCAAAAGCGAAGAUAGUUUCUUCGUCGAAGAAUCAAGCGCCAGUAAACCGACGGAUUCCUCCAUUAGCACCCCUGGCAAUGUGCACUCCCCUUCCAAAAUCAAUUUGGACUUUCUCGACGAAGCACAAGCAUUUAUCAACGAAAAUCGCAACGCUUCCUCUCCACUGUCGAAUGCCUUCUUCUCCGCCACCAUGUCCAGUGCGGAAGAAGUCAAGGAAGCACUGGAAGAGGUACUUCCCAGCGACGAAGACGUAGCCAUCGCAGAAGCCGACAUCGAUUUAUACUACCUGAAUGGGCUUUCCUCGCUGCAAUCGCAAAUGAUGCCCAACUCGGACGAUCCGUUGCUGUCCUCUUCGCCGAAAGAUUUCGCCCAUCGACAGCACCAGAAAUUCUUGUUCGAGCAGCAACAACAACAGCAGCAGCAACAACAACUAAGUCAGCAGCAGUUGAGCAACAACAACAAUAACAACAACAGCACCUUCUCACCACCGAGUGCCAAAAAGCUUAAAACUGAAGCGGAUGCUCCAGCGUUCGCCGCAGCUAGUGAUACAAACAAAAUUCCACUAACCGUACAAACUGAGCAAAUUCCAAAAGACAACCCGAAUGACUCCGUAUUUCUCAGCCCGAGUAGCAUCUCCAGUACCAGCAGCAGCGGCAGCAGCAGUUCCCCGAAAUUGCAGCAUGCUCUCCUGCGUAAACGGCCCGCCGCCCUGCUGCCGACGGUAUCGAUCCGGAAGUCACCCAUUUACCACUCGAAGUUACGCAAAUCCACCACGGCAGUUCCCGUUACGCACUACACUCCACAGCCGAUGCUGAAUCCAAACCGAACUGCUUCCGGACUGUACUCGACGAUCGCUUCCACACUAGCCAGCCAGUCCAGUUCUGUUUCCGAUUCGACCGUUGAUGACACCUCCGACAUUUUCAGUGAACCACCGCUUCCUAUACGGCCUCGCAUCAAUCUAGGCAACGACUAUCAGGCAACAAUUCCCGACUGCACCGCACCCAGCUACAAUCAGUCUAACAAUCAGUCCGAUCAACACAUGUGGGACCCUGUGGUGGUUCAGAACGAAACCCAAAUCGCACGCUACGUUGAACUUUCGCGCUCUUCCGCAGUACCGCUAGGAUGUCAUUCCGAAGAAACGGCUUUAAAGGCACUACUGGAAGCUCAAGGUGAAAUCCACAUCGCUAUUCUGAACCUGAUGCAAACUCCUGCGACCGGUUUGCACCGGCGAUGGUCACCCAGCGAAAUGGAACAGUUUAUCCGUGGAUUGGAACUGUACGGAAAAGACUUUUUCCGAAUAGCCUCCGAGUUGCUGCCGGCCAAGUCUACUGACGACUGCGUUCAAUUGUAUUACUUUUGGAAAAAACUAUGCGUAGAUUACAAAACCACUCACCUUCUUCAGCACGGCGACAAUUCAAUGAAAUUCAUCAACAUGAACGUCAAUCCGGACGAUUUACUCCUAGAUCACGCCGCCUAUACCACCAACACUGUCAAAUCCAGCGGUCUAGGUCACCAUUCGAGUGCCAACAGCAGCAACAGUAGCUCCACGAGCGACGUGCGUCCGCACGUCUGUGAGGUUCCCGACUGUUCAGCGAGUUUCUCCUCGAAAGCCGCCCUGCACGGUCACAUCCGCAUUCACUGUAUCGGACGUUCGGCGGCACACCUGAACGGCACUACGCAAAAUGGUAAUUUCUUGAGUACUACCGCUGCUGGUAACCCUAUUAACCCUAACCACAUACCAACAAAGGAUGAUUAUCCCUGCAAGGUGUGCGGCAACUGGCGUUCCCAGGAUCACGAGGCGUAUCGUUUCCUCGACAAAACCUUCCGGAAGGUCUACAUUAUCAGGGAUGCUUCAUUUGUAGAAGGCGACUACGAUGAGCUUACCGAAAGCGUUCAAGAGGAGAACAUGAUUGAAUUCUACUCCAAAUUAAAGCUAACCACAACAGAACAAGAGGAAAGCGUGGACGGCGGAGCGACGGGACCGUUGUUGUGA